GGGCAUGCGGUGUGCCCAAAGUUGGGGAGGGGGCUUGUGGAUGCACAAGUGGAGAAGGGCGCGCAAGCCAGGGGCACCUUUGAGCGCAGAAAAGCCCAGCACAGGGCUCUGUAUGCCAGGGCCGCUUCUCCCAGCCAGGCAGGGAGCCAAGGACGUCCUGCCUGCCCAAAGAGGGGGGCCCAGACCCCUACUCCAGGGGGAGCUGGUGGGGCAGGAGCCAGAGGCCUUGGAAGGCAGCAGGGGAAAAUUAAGGGAGGGAUUUUUGGCUUGUGCUGUCCAGCCGUCGUCCCCUUGCCAGGGCGGCUUAGAGCGGCACCCGAAGAAGCAAAUUUGCCCUGAAGUCGGGGUUUCCUGGCUAAGCAAACGGGGAGAUGACCAGGAUGAAAAGGAAGAGCCGUAGGGAAGCGACCGGCUGGAAGGAAACAGGGACCGGCCCCCUGCUCCCAUGGGGGCUGCGGCGUGGGGCCUGCGCAGGUUUCCAUAGAGACGGGUUGCUUUUUCUCCUGUCAGUUCCCCUAUCUUCCCGGCUUCCCGAGCGAGUGUUUCCAGGCAGGGGCUGCGGCAGGCCCCCCGCUGCGGCUGAGGAGGGGGCGGCUCUGCCGUGGGCCCAGGCACUGGGGAGGGCCGUAGACAAGCUUUUCGGGAAGCGGCUGCUCCAGGCCGGGCGUUACAUCAUGUCCCACAAAUCCUGGAUGAAGACGGUGCCCACCGAGAACUGCGACGUGCUGAUGACCUUCGCUGACACGACGGACGACCACACGCUACUCUGGCUCCUGAACCACAUCCGGCUGGGCAUCCCCGAGCUCAUCAUCCAGAUCCGGCACCACCGGCACACCAAGGUGUAUGCCUUCUUCGUCACUGCCACCUAUGAGAGCUUGCUGCGUGGGGCGGACGAGAUCGGGCUGCGGAAGCCGGUGAAGGCCGAGUUCGGGGGGGGCACACGCAGCUUCUCCUGCGAGGAGGAUUAUAUCUACGAGAACAUCGAGAACGAACUCUUCUUCUUUACCUCCCAGGAACGGCAGAACAUCAUCAGGUACUGGCUGGAGAACCUGCGAGCCAAGCACGGGGAAUCGUUGCACAACAUCCAGUUCCUGGAGGGGCAGCCUGUCAUCCCCGAGUUGGUGGCCCGCGGCGUCAUCCAGCAGGUGUUCCCCGUCCACGAGCAGAGAAUCCUCAACCGGCUCAUGAAGUCCUGGGUGCAGGCGAUCUGCGAGGCCCAGCCCUUGGACGAGAUCUGCGAUUACUUUGGGGUGAAGAUCGCCAUGUACUUCGCCUGGCUCGGCUUCUACACCUCGGCCAUGGUGUACCCCGCCGUCUUUGGCUCCAUCCUCUACACCUUCACCGAGAAUGACCAGACCAGCCGCGAUAUCUGCUGCGUGGUCUUUGCCAUCUUCAACGUCAUCUGGGCCACGCUCUUCCUGGAGGAGUGGAAGCGGCGGGGGGCUGAGUUCGCCUACAAGUGGGGGACCCUGGACACGCCUGCCGAGUCCAUAGAGGAGCCCCGGCCACAGUUCAGGGGCAUCAAGAGGAUCAGCCCGGUGACCAACGUGGAGGAAUUCUACUACCCGCCAUGGAAACGUCUGCUCUUCCAGUGCCUGGUCAGCCUACCCGUCUGCCUCAUCUGCCUCUCCUUCGUCUUCCUCGUCAUGCUGGGAUGCUUCGAGCUGCAGGAGUUCGUGCUGAGCAUCAAGGAGCUGCCCCGGCUCAUCCGCUUCCUGCCCAAGAUCGCCUUGGCCCUCAUCGUCACAGCCUGCGACGACGUCUACAGGAAGAUCGCGUACUGGCUGAACGACAUGGAAAACUACCGGCUGCAGAGUGCCUACGAGAAACACCUCAUCAUUAAAAUCGUCCUGUUUCAGUUUGUAAAUUCAUACCUAAGUCUUUUCUACAUCGGUUUCUACCUCAAAGACAUGGAGCGGCUGAAGGAGAUGCUGGCCACGCUGCUCAUCACCCGCCAGUUCCUGCAGAACAUCAAGGAGGUCUCCCAGCCCCACCUCUACCGCAAGAUUCAGCGGGGCGACCUGAGCCUGCAGAACAUCCGCGACGUCUCCCACACCAUCUUCCGCCUGCUCGCCCAGAGAUACACGGCGCCAGAGCAGCCGGCCAGGCCGGGCCCCGAGCCUGAGGGGGCAGGCGAGGGGCCCCCGGGGGAGAAGUGCCUCAAUGGGGGUUGUGGCGUCCCCGAGGAGGAGGAGGAGGAGAAGCGGGAGUCGGACUCGGAGGACGAGAGCGUCCUGGACUGCGGGCUCAAGCUGAAGAAGGUGAGCUUCAUCGAGCGGGCCGAGCGCCGGGGCCGGGAGCUGGGUGCCAUGGAGGACGCCAGCUUCCUGGAGGAGGGCAGCCCCACUAUGGUGGAGAAGGGCAUGGACCCCGCUUCCGUCUUCGAGCUAGCCGAGGACGAGGAGGAGAGUGAGGGGCCCUCCGGCAGCCCCCUCCCAGAAGCCAAGGCGCUGGCGGUGACCCUGCGGGCUCGGCGGGGCCGGGCGGCCGAAAGCCAGGAGGAAGAGGAGGAGGAGGAGGGCAGGAAGCGGAACCGGGCUUCCUGGAUUGACCCACCGGAGGAGAACUACUCCCCCCACCUCACCCAGGCCGAGGUGGAGAGCUGCAUGAAGAAGUACGAGGACACGUUCCAGGAUUACCAGGAGAUGUUCAUCCAGUUUGGCUACGUGGUUCUCUUCUCCUCCGCCUUCCCCCUGGCCGCCCUGUGCGCCCUCAUCAACAACAUCAUCGAGAUCCGCAGCGAUGCCUUCAAGCUGUGCACCGGCCUGCAGCGCCCCUUCGGCCAGCGGGUGGAGAGCAUCGGGCAGUGGCAGAAAGUGAUGGAGGCCAUGGGCGUCCUGGCCAUCGUGGUGAACUGCUACCUGAUCGGUCAGUGCGGGCAGCUGCAGCGACUCUUCCCCUGGCUCAGCCCGGAGGGAGCCAUCAUCUCCGUGGUGGUGCUGGAGCACUUUGCGCUGCUCCUGAAGUACCUCAUCCAGGUGGCCAUCCCUGACAUCCCGGCCUGGGUGGCGGAGGAGAUGGCGAAGCUGGAGUAUCAGCGCAGGGAGGCCUUCAAGAAACACGAGCGACAGGCACAGCACCACUACCAGCAGCAGCAGCGGCGCAAGCGGGAGGAGGAGGAGCGGCAGCGGCAAGCCGAGUACCACGCCCGCAAGGAGCGCGAGACCAGCCGGGACGAGGGGAAGCCCGAGGCUGCCGGGCAGGACGCCGGCCACGAGAAGAGCCAGGCCAAAAUGAAAGGGGCCGGCAGCUUGUCCCACAGCUCUGAGAAGCCCAAGAGGCCCAGCUCCCUGCUGGCCACCAACAACGUCAUGAAACUGAAGCAGAUCAUCCCACUGCAGAGCAAGUUCCUGUCGGGGGGCGGCGCCGGGGCAGCCAGCACCGCCACGGCCCAGUCCCCGACCGGCAGCGAAAACAAACUGCCCGGCUUUCUGAGCUUCAAGUUCCUGAAGUCGCCGGAGACUAAGAGGGACGGGGGCACCGAGAAGGUCCAGUCGCCCACCAAACCGUUCAACCCGGGCAAACUGUUCAACUUCGGCAAGUCCGAGGGGGCUGGGGGAGGUGGGGGCAACGGUGCCGCCGUCGUCCCCCCGCCGCAGCGGUCCGGCCCAUCCUCGGAGGGUGGCGAGAAGCAGCCGCCCAGCAAAGCCCACCUCAAUGGGCUGGUGGACGAAGGUGGCGUGGAGGAGGGUGAGCUCAGAGCCGAGGAGGAGAGCACAGGCCAUAAACUCUAACCGGGGAGGAGCCGGGGAUGGCGGGCAAAGGAGCCACGGAUCCCGGGUCUGUUCUUCAAGCAGAAUUAGGAGGUGCCCAGCCUGGCGUGGGGCUCUUAGGACACCUGCACCCCCCUGCGCCAGCAGGAGAGUGGAGGUGGGUGCAGAACGUGAGCGGUGACCUUCCCAUCCCCUGCAGCACGGGAAAGCAGAGCUCGGGGGCUGGGGUGCCUUGGGCCUUGAGACAGGCAGCUUCUGCUCCCAGCUUUGGUGACGAGAUCGGUGGCCUCAACUCAGUGCCAAGAGGCAGUUCAGCAUCCUCAGGAGAGGGGCGGGAGUGGAAUCGGGGUGGGGGGGGCAGGGCGUCACCAGAGCCCAGGACUGGAAAACUAGCGGGGGGCUACGCGUUGGGGGGUGGAACUGCGUUGCAGGGGGGCCCAUGACACACACAUCCGAGUGACUGCACAGAGCAGUGCCUGUUGAAUAUCGAGGGGGAUUGGGGCUGGAGUAGCAGGGGGCUGUGGGUUGGGAGUGAGGGGCAUUGGUAGAGCUCCGUGUGUGCAGGGGGAGGUCAGGGCUAGGAUAGCUGGGGGGCUGAGGGUCGUGCCUGAGGGGCAGCAGCAGGACCACAGGUGGAUUUUCCCCCUUGAGCACGGGGAGGAGGGGGGGUUUUCUCCCCUGUCUCCUAGCUGAGCCGGGACCCGCUGGGGCUCUGGGCACAAAGGGCGGCGGGCGGAGUAUGGGUGCUGUAUGUGCAUGUUCCCCAAGCGCUCCCUGUGGGGAAUCUGCCCUCAUGCAGCACCCCAGAGCCAGGCACAGAAGCUGGCAGUGCAACCGGGGGCAGCCUGAGCUUAAAGCCGGAGGGGUGGGUCAGGCAGAUGGGGCUGGGGAAGCAGCGGCAGCAGCAGCCCACAGCGACCUGCCGCUCAGGUGCUCAGCUGGGCUGUGCUCAGAACUCCUUUCCCCUGCGUCCCAGGGUGAGUCAGGCUCCCAGGACGGACUCUCCAAAGCUCCCUUGGCUCUGGUGAGCCCCUGGCAUCACCUGCGCGGGGAGAAGGGUAUCCCCUUUCCUGCCAGCUCUGUCCCCCUGACUGCAGGCGUUUGGCCUGGUGUUGCUACUGCAAACACACACCAGAAGGGGGCGCUCCCUGCCUGCAUCCUGGUAGGACUCAGCCUUUGUUGCCACAGCUGCCCCAACCCCUGAAUCUGGCCCCUGUGCUCAGGUCCUCCUCAAGCCCUGCUACCCUGGCGCCAACGUCGCCCUGACGGCCCGCUGGUGCGAAGGGUGGGCAAAGUGCCCAGCGCCCCAGGCAACAGCUGGCGAUGGGCUGGAUGAGCUAACGGGCCUUUCACGUCCCUAAAGUCCAGGGUGGCAUGAACGGGGUUGGCACCACACCUGCCUGACUCGAGUGGCAGCCAUCCAUCAGCCGGGGGACGGGGAUCGAGCUCAGGGGCCAUCCUUGUCAAAGUCUCUAGUCCCUUUGGCCCAGCUGGGGAUGGACAGCAAAGGAGUCACGAGCGUCCCAGCUGGGGGAGCACGGCGGGCGGAACAGAGUGGGCGAGCCCAGGAAUGAGGGGGCCUGGGGGCAUAGGCCUACAGGGGCAAUGUGGAGGCAAAGAUCAGGGGGAAGGGGAGGUGGGUCACCACUGAAUCACUCACCCCUGUAGUCUGACCAGGAGGCAGCUGGCAGAAUCCAAUCGGCACUGGGACAUCUUUCUGCUUGAAGAACAGAGCGAGGGGUGGGGCAGCGAAUUUGAGCCACAUAAUUUCCAUGCAUGGUCGACAUUUCUUGCACUAAAAGACCCCCUCAACCUAACAGACUCUCUUCCGUUCUUCUUUAGACAGCUUAAAAGGCGGAGGCAGGAUUUGCCUCCCCAGCGUCUGCAAAAUGUUGAGCUUUACGGUUUCCAGAACAAAGAGCGCCCUGUAGUUAUUGCUUCAGAUUUCCAUUGGCAGGGAAGAAGGGUAUCCAACCCUCAGUGACUUUGGAAGAACUGGGACAUUCCCCCCCCCCCCCCGCCCCAAUAAGGAGCUUGCACAUAAACGUCAUGGCAGACUGGGGAAAGAAUCCGCUCAAGGUGGGGGACUCAGUGGGGUGGGGAAGGAUCAAUAACCAAUGUUCUUAGCAACCAAAUAAUUGCAGGGUCUGUGGAAUUUGGGGUGGGCGGGAGGGUUGUCUUCACUUCAGCAGCGGGGAAGUUUUUGCCAGAGUUAGUUUAUAGUUGUAGCUAGUGCUUUAACGACUGAAAUCUCAGAGGGUGGCUACGAGCUCUGCAGAUCACCCAGCGUUUCAGCAACACUAGGAUUAGUAAUCGAGCUUUCAGUCUUCUAGGGCUAGUUCCUUUCGUUGACAGGUCAGUGGCUGAUCCACUUCUCUGCUUGUGGCUGGCUUAGCUUUGCGAUUUAGUUUCGGAUGGGGACGGAGGAAUCUUUGAAUAUUUACCAUAGGAAUGCUGUACGAGGAGGAAGGAGCUGGGGACUCGGCAGGGCAGGAAAGGAACUGCCAAGGACUGUCUAUAGGACCAUCACGCCGGGUGGUGGCAAGGGACACCAUCCACCAGGCUGAAUCUGGGGACUGAUAGGCGGGUUUACUCUCGGAUGUUUUGGAUUAUCUCUUUUUAAAGAUGUCAAUGGUCCCUCGGCUGCUUUAUCAUAGGAAGGAGACAAGUCCAGAACCUCUAGAAGUGCUGUCCCUGCCCAAUGCAUGCCCUCAGCAACCUGUGUUCUCUGAUGCACACUGACACUUGAAUCACUAGACGUGCAGAGCAUCUGGAACUAACAUUUCUGGAAGGGGACAUGCCCCCAACGUCCCGAGCAGAGAGAUGGCGCUUGGCUGACCCAAUCUCUGACAUCCAAUCUUUAGCGUACAAGUAGGGGUUUGAAAGCAGCCAGUCUCCCCAAGUAGAAAGGACCUGGAGUUCUCAGAGUGGGUCCUCCAAUGGCUUGUUUGCAGCUCCGUCUUCUGCAACUGGCCCAGUACUGUGACAUUCCAGGCCUGGGGAUACCAGGAGAUAUCUCCCAGGUCCGGAGUCUUAGGAAACAAGAGUUUGGGUUUUUUUAAUUCUUCCUCCACAAAAAAUGGUGUUUUUGUCUUAUAACCAAGCCAUUCUGUAGCAGCAA